AUGAGCCUUUGCUAUUAUGAAGGGUGUGGACAAAGAGCUGAUCACGUUUGUAUGUGCUUGACCCCAGAGCAGACUUAUGUUUGUGCAGGACACUUAAAAGAGCAUAUAAGUGUACCUGGCCCUCGACCUCAUUAUAACAGACCACUCUACCUAACUCCUCCAGAAGAUGUCAAAGCAUAUCUCCUCAGUUACUUUAAAAACAAAAUAAGAAGCUUAAAUUCACUAAGAAAGCAAGUAGAAGAAGAAUUGCUCGAGCUGCCAAAUGAGCAGGAAGCAGCACAUAAAAUUUUUGCAAUGAUCGAAGAAGACUUGGAGAGGUUUAAAUAUUUUCUUGGAGAAGUUCAAAAUAGAAUUGAUGUGCCUAAGGAUAACCCUAAUGAAAUCGAAAAAUUAUUAAGCACAAGCACAGUAGAAGGACUUUCAUCAGAAUUAAAAAAUUUCGUGCCAAAAUCCCAAGAACUAUUGGACCGUGACGAACAAUUUCACACCCCAGAAACUCCGAAAUGUGUAGGUUUUGAUAUUUGCUUAUUCCAGCACAAUACGAAAAAUUUAAGAAGCAUCAGUUUUAGGGAUUGGGAAAUCGAAGAUAAUGAGCUGUCUUUACCUUUUAAUGUAGACUUCAGGACUUGCAUGUGUCUGAUCCCAGACGGCAAAAUCUUCUGUUUUGGUAGUAUGAUAGAUGCAAAAGUAACUGGAGUGACAUUUACUAUGGCUUUCGAUAAUAAAGUGCAAGUUUUAGCAGUUGGAACUCCUUGCAGGUCGUCAAGUGCUGCAUUUUUUGAAGGAUGUGUAUACUGCUUUGGCGGCAACGAUGGAAAUCAGCCUAUGACCCUGGCUGAAAGAUAUAGUUUGGAAAGAAAUGUCUGGACAAAAUUACCUGUCUUGCCAAAUUCAACUUACUAUGCCUCUACUUGUGUGUUUGCUAAUAAAAUGCUGAUUUCUGGGCUAGGGCUUACUUUUAUGUUUAUUUAUGACCCAUUAGCAAUGAGCUAUGAUAAAACUUUGACAUUUGCAGAUGAAGGAAGCACCAAGAUUAUAUGUGAAGGACUUGGGAGAGCCUUUGUGAUUGAGACUAAAGGGAAGAUAUACGAAAGUGGGAUAGGAAAUCCUUAUGAUUGGCAGCCAGUAGAAAAUUCUGAUAUUCCAAAUUGGCACUUGGUAAGUCACCGUGCAAGCUUUAUGAAUUAUGUCUACUUUAUAAUCGAUGAAUAUCCAUGCCCUGGGCUGUAUUACUUUAGUUUAGAUGGAAAGUUUUGCAAAAGGAUUAAGAAAAUACUUGAUAAAGAACAAGAAAUUUCGUACACUCCUCAAGAGCAAGCACCCCAACCUGAAAUCCAAAGCACAGCUUAA